GACUUAUCCUCCUCACAUCUCAAUGAUUCAGCAAAGCAAUCAUUCAGCCGCUUUAUACUGCGCGCCGCCUGGCAUCUCACUUACAUCUACCAUAUCGGACAUGGAUUUGUUUGAUAUAUUUCUCCAUCAUUGAAUCCAGAGACUGGCACUAAGAAAUAGAAAGCAUGGUUCAUUGAUCAGGUGUUUGUGGUCUUCCUCCCGCGAGCAGAGUGUUGGAGAUCCUGCAAAGAAGGAUGUAGACAGUUGAGAGAGAGAGAGAGAGAGAGAGAGAGAGAGAGAGAGAGAGAGAGAAGACACGAAGCUUAUUAUAAGAGGAAGUAAGCCGUAGCACAAUUUUGCUCACCAACUCCAGCGCAAAGAAUGAGGCUCUCAAUCUUCUUCUUCUUCCUUCUCCUUUUCCCUUGCUUCCACCUCUCCGGUUCUCAGAGCUACAACGCACUAUUUAGCUUCGGCGACUCGCUCUCCGACACCGGCAACGUCGUCGUCGCCGGACUGCCUUACGGCAUGAGCUUCUUCGGCCGGCCCACCGGCCGUUGCUCCAACGGACGCCUAGUCAUAGAUUUCAUCGCCGAGGCACUUGGGCUGCCGCUGCUUCCACCGUCCACCGCGAAGGGCAAAAGCUUCCUUAAAGGCGCCAACUUUGCUUACACUGCCGCCACCACACUCGGCUUCCGCUUCUUCCACCGGCUAGGACUCAGCAGCGGUCUAUGGGUCAACGCCUCCCUGAGCACCCAAAUAAGGUCGUUCGAGCAGAUGAUGCCUUCUCUCUGCAACUCUUCUCAAGAAUGCAAGGAGUACUUGAGCAAAUCCCUCUUCGUGGUCGGAGAGUUUGGUGGGAACGACUAUAACACUCCCAUCUUUGCCGGCAGGAGCUUGAAACAAGUGUAUACUUUCGUGCCCAAAGUCAUCCACGCAAUCCAUUCCGGUGUUGAGAGGUUGAUCGGCCAUGGGGCGACUGAGAUCGUGGUGCCGGGAAUGCUACCGAUCGGGUGCUUCCCCAUGUUCUUAACCUUGUACAGUACAUCGAAUACAAACGAUUACACCGACAUCGGAUGCUUGAACAAGUUCAAUGACUUGACAUCCUACCACAACUCUUUGCUGCGCCGGCGUCUGCGCGGGCUGCAGCGGAGGUACUCAUGGACGAGGAUCAGAUACGCCGACUUCUUCGACCCCACGAUUCAGUUCAUUACCAGUCCGACACAGUACGGAUUCAGUGAUGGCGGAGCUCUAAAGGCGUGCUGCGGGGCAGGUGGGAGAGGAGACUACAAUGUGAAUCUGGAGGCCAAGUGUGCCGAGCCAGGCUCGGAUGUGUGCUCAGAUCCAUCGAUGUACGUGAGCUGGGAUGGGAUUCACUUGACUGAAGCGGCUUAUCGCCUCAUAGCCAAUGGUUGGCUCAAAGGUCCUUAUGCAAAUCCACCAAUCCUGCAACAAAACUAGAGCUACUGUGGUGCAUGUUAUUGGCCACAGUUCCACCACCAAAUCCAAGUCAAUAGCUUAGCUUUGGAUCCAUGUGUUCUUUCGAUGUCUGUGUAUCAUCCAUUCAAUGGUUACUAAUAAGUGUGUUCUUUUGCAUUCUUAUAGCUUAAAUCCAAAUGGAUAAUAGUUAA